ACCGUGCAUUUGCCACGUAUCCUAACAGUUCACCGCCUUGCAAUCUCUCAGACCGACAUUUCUGGGCCCACACAGUACACCUCCCCAUGUCUUCCUCCAAGUAAUUACUUUCCCUUUCCAAUUUUGAACUCUGCAUUCUCAUCAUAUGUCGGUCACACAUUAUGUACUGUCAUUGGCCUUCUUUUUCCUUAAUCGCGUAAGAUGCGCGUCAUGCCAACUAUAUAACGCUAUCCUACCUUCUCAUUUCACACACACUACUUUCACCCCCUCACCCACUUAGCAACCACAUAGUUCCGUUCAAUCCUCUCUCGUGUUUUGUGUUUGUUUUUGUUCCCUUUAAGUGAUCAUGGCAGAGGAGAAGCAGAACCAGAGCCAUGAGUAUGACGCCACUGCCACCAAUACUGAGGCCGAGAUCAAAGACCGUGGCCUCUUUGAUUUUCUCGGCAACAAAAAGGAAGAAGAGAAGCCUCAGGAGGAGGUGAUCGCCACUGAGUUUGACAAUAAGGCCAAGCUCUCCAAUGAACCUCACAUCAACCUGGGGCAUCAGCAUCAGCAACAGCAACAGGAUCAGGAUCAGCAUCAGGAUCAGGAUCAGCAGGGGGACAAGAAGCAAACCCUUUUAGAGAAGCUUCACCGAUCCACCAGUAGCUCCAGCUCCUCCAGUGACGAGGAGCAAGAAGGAGAAGGUGGGGAGAAAAAGAAGAAGAAAAAGGAAAAGAAAGGGCUGAAGGAAAAGAUAGGAGGUGAUGAUCACAAGGAAGAGAAUAAGGAGGAGGACACCGCUGUUCCGGUUGAAAAAGUGGAGGUUGAGGCAGCACACCCUAACGAUGAAAAGAAGGGUUUCCUAGACAAAAUUAAGGAUAAGCUGCCAGGUCAGCACAAGAAACCAGAGGAAGUACCCCCGACAUCAUCAGAGUAUGUUGCUGCCCACUCUGAGAGUAAGGCUCAUGAUGAAGAGGAGGCCAAGGACAAGGAGAAGAAAGGCCUUUUGGAUAAGAUCAAGGAGAAGCUUCCUGGUUAUCACCCCAAGCCAAAUGAAGACAAAGAAAAAGAGAGCGAUGUUCAUUGAUAAUUUGAGACUAAGACUACGUUAUGUUUGGCAAUUAAGGGUCAUUGUGGUAUUCUGUUUAUUUUCAUCGUCAUCUUAUUGUAUUGUUGGUGUUUCAAGAAAUGUACUCCAUAUAUAAUAUUUUGUAAAAUAUAGAUAUGUGGAGUCUGCCUAUAUUUCCCUUUUUAGAUAAAGUGUGUGAAAAAAAAAGUAAAAAAAUUGUAUGUAUUGAUUGUUGAAAGUAAAUGAAAGAAAUUCUGUGUUUUAUAUAUCUGAGUAGCUGCUAGAAUCUCUCUUAGAUGGUGGUGGUUUCUACUAAACUCGGAAGGAAGAAGGAUAUUAAACCAACUCGGGGCUACUAUACCGUGGGUCUAAAUAGGAAAACAAAAAUGGUAAUGCUAAUGCCAUGAACGGAUCAUUCUGGCGACAUUCUCGUGCUUUCUGAUUUGACUGUAAGAAAAAAAUAAAGCAGGUGUACCCCACUCCAAUCAAAGGCUGUAUCUAUAUAUAAAUGAUGAACGCUGGGCUGAUAUGGUGGAUGAGUUGACACUUGGUAACGUUUUAGACGUUCCAGUAAAGCCCUUCUUUCCCGUGGGGCCAUUGAUUUGAACUAAUGAAUGUUGCAAGCAGCAAGCUAAAAUAUUCCGCCAAGUGGCAUUGCUAGUUUAGUAUCUCUGUCUCACUCAGAAGAAGUCAUUUACAUUAUAAUUUUAAGAUGUUAGCCCAUCACAAAUUCAUAUAUCUCUCGUCAUUUUAUUCUUCU